CCCCGCCCCGUCGUAGCCUCGGUCGCAGUCGCCACCCCGCAGGCCGGGCCUUACGGCUCGGGACCCGGUGGUGCCGCAGUCUCCUCCCCGCCAUGGCCCAGCCGGGCGAGGAGGAGGCCGUGCCCGGGCCCGAGGCCACCGUGCAGAUCCGCGUCGCCAUCCAGGAGGCCGAGGACGCGGAGGAGUUGGAGGAUGAGGAGGGUGGGGGAGAGACGCGGGGCGCAGGGAACCCGGCCCGGUUCCUCAGCCCCGGCUGGGGCAGCGCCAGCGAGGAGGAGCUGAGCCGCGGGUACUGUCUCAGUGGUGCCACAACAAGUGGGGGUGAGAAUGAGCGUGAGGAUCUGGAGCAGGAGUGGAAACCCCCAGAUGAGGAACUCAUCAGGAAGCUGGUGGAUCAGAUAGAAUUCUACUUCUCUGAUGAAAACCUGGAGAAGGACGCCUUUCUGCUGAAGCACGUUCGGCGGAACAAGAUGGGCUAUGUGAGCGUCAAGCUGCUCACCUCCUUCAAGAAGGUGAAACAUCUUACACGAGACUGGAGAACCACAGCUUAUGCCUUGAAAUAUUCAGUGACCCUGGAGUUGAAUGAGGACCACCGGAAGGUGAGGAGGACCACCCCUGUCCCACUCUUCCCCAGUGAGAAUCUCCCCAGCAAGAUGCUCCUGGUCUAUGACCUACACCUGUCACCCAAGCUGUGGGCCCUAAGCACCCCACAGAAGAAUGGCAGGGUGCAGGAGAAGGUGAUGGAACACCUGCUCAAGCUCUUUGGGACUUUUGGAGUCAUCUCAUCGGUGCGGAUCCUCAAACCAGGGAGAGAGCUGCCCCCAGAUAUUCGGAGGAUCAGCAGCAGGUACAGCCAGGUGGGGACCCAAGAAUGUGCCAUUGUGGAGUUUGAAGAGGUGGAAGCGGCCAUCAAAGCCCACGAAUUCAUGAUCACAGAAUCUCAGAGCAAAGAGAACAUGAAGGCUGUCCUGAUUGGUAUGAAGCCACCCAAAAAGAAACCUUCCAAAGAUAGGAGCCAUGAUGAGGAGCCCACUGUGAGCAUCCACCUAAACAAGUCCCUCAACAAGCGAGUGGAGGAGCUUCAAUACAUGGGGGACGAGUCCUCUGCCAACAGCUCCUCCGACCCCGAGAGCAAUCCCACCUCCCCGAUGGCUGGCCGACGGCACGUGGCCACCAACAAGCUCAGCCCUUCUGGCCACCAAAAUCUCUUUCUGAGCCCAAAUGCUUCUCCCUGCUCAAGUCCUUGGAGCAGCCCCCUGGCCCAACGCAAAGGUGUUUCCAGAAAAUCCCCACUGGCUGAAGACGGUAGACUGAACUCCAGCACAAGUCCCGAGAUCUUCCGCAAGUGCACGGAUUAUUCCUCGGACAGCAGUGCCACUCCUUCUGGCAGCCCCUGGGUGCGGAGGCGCCGCCAAGCCGAGAUGGGGACACAGGAGAAGAGCCCGGGGGCGAGCCCCCUGCUGUCUCGGAAGAUGCAGAGUGCAGAUGGGUUGCCCGUGGGGGUGCUGAGGCUGCCCAGAGGCCCUGACAACACCAGAGGGUUUCAUGGGGGACAUGAAAGGGGCCGGGCCUGUGUAUAAAUACCUUCUCUUAAGACCGGCUCCAUUGAAAACCACCUUUGUUAUCAGGGUUCUCACCAAUACCUGGCAUGACAUAGAAUGGAAUUCAGUCCCCUUUGAAAAAUUUUAUAUACAUGUAGACCUCUUAAUUUAUAUAUUUUGUAAGGUGUGCAAAUUGUCUAGUAUGCCAGGGCUCAGAACACCUGCUCUUCCCAGCGUGGCAUUAUGUCGAUGUCGCCUGACCCAGUAUAGUGAUUCUCCAGGGCCGUGGAAUGGCGGCUCCUGGGGAGAGUCUGGUAAUAAUGGGUCUCUUUUUGGGGACUGGGUUUUUCCAUACAGAGACUGAGCUAUCCUUGACAGACUGAGCAAAGGCUAAGAGCCUAGAGGAGUUUUGUUGCUCAACAGCGAAUAGUUAAGCCAACAGCAUGGUGUCUUACAGGACCAUACAUAUGCUCCCUGUCAAGUGAAUAAAUAAUAAAGCACCCACCGGAAGUGCUGGCUUCCAGGUCAUAGACUGUGCCCGACACAGGUCUGUGCACAUCUGAUGAGGCUGUGGGUGGUGUGUCUUGAGGCCCUAAGGAGUUCAGCAGGGAUGUGAGUGUUCAGUGUACCCCACAGGCCCUCCUUGGGGCUCCUGGCAGCCCGGGGGGCCUCUUAACACAAUGCAUCUUCCUGGAGCAGACCAGGGUUUCUCUAGAUAGGAGGCUGGACUCAAAGCAUUGACCUCUCCUGGCAACUUGGUAGAAGUGUAGGUUCUCAUGCCACCCUGGGCCUGCUGAACCAAAGGCGCUGCUGGGACAGUGGCCUGGCAUCUGGGUGUUGACUAGCCUUCCAGAUGAUUCCGGCGCACACUACCAUGGGAGCUACUGAUGGGGACCACGGCUGUGAGGCUUGACUCCCGUGUCUCUAUUUUGUGAGCUUGGGAACAUUACCAACCUCCCCGAGCCUCUGUAUCCCUGGGAAGUCUGGGUCAGGAUGUCAGUGUCUGGAAUGCCACUGGCCACUGUAAAUGUCGUCUCCUUUCCCUUCCCACUUGGGUUAAUGUCCAUUAUCAUCAGAAACUGCCUCGGAGCCAGGAGUGGGGCAUGCCUAUCAUUUCAGCGCUCUGGGAGGCUGAGGCAGGAGGAUUUCAACUUAGUGGGCAACUUAAUGACUUAUCAAAACCCUGCCUCAAAAUUUAAAAGAUUUAAAAAGGGCUGGUGAUGCAGCUCAGUGCAAAUGUCCCACGUUCAAUCCCCAGUAUUGCAAAAACAAAACAAAAACCAAUCUUGCUGUAGUAGAAAGAGCACUGGCCUAGAUUCCAGGGUUGGCUUAUGUACUUGCUAUUUUUUAAGUAUUAGAACCUUUAAUAAGCAUCAAACAGUGCGUAUUUACCAAGAGUAUGAAGCUUAAAGCUUUCCAUAUACCAUCUCAUUUAAUCCUCCCAACAACCACAUGAGAAAAGUUCAGGUAUCUCUCUUUUAAACCACAAAAGACAGAUUCCUUGUGGGUAACCAACUUGAUCAAAGGUUGAACAGCUAGAUUUCAGAGGUCACACUCUUGACUUCUAGAUUGUUCUUGACAAGGCUGAGCCUGACCAUCCACAGUCACAAGAUGCAACCAGGAAGUGCUGGCAUUUGUCCUACACCCACCUAGGUGCUGGACAUUGUGUUAGACACGCUAUUCUACUCAUCCUCUUAUGUUUCUGUGAGGUAUUAUUCCAGUUUUACACAUGAAUCUACUGAGGUAGGAGGAUAACACUCACCUUGAGCAAUCAUGGAAAUGGAAGAUAACAAUGUAUUUUAAACAGCUCUACACAAAUCAGCACGUGAUUAGUACCUGGUUAGGAAAAGGGCACUCUGUCCCUUAGUGCCUCCUGUGUCCCAUAUGUCCCAGAAGAAUUCCUAUGAACUGAUGAAAAACCUCAGGGAUUUCUCAGAUUUGCCCCUUCCACCACUACCUCGUAUAGGCAGUCCGAAGGCUUGUGUCUGGAGCCCAGACCAUGAGGCCUCCUGGCCCUGGGCAGUACCAUGGCUCCCUCCAUCUUCUCCCUGGUUUUUUCCCAUCACCCCUUCCUGGUCCUCCCCGCCUGCUCAUGGGCCAUCGGGCCAUCAGGCCAUGUGGACUGCCACAGCUCUUCUUGGCAUGGUCUCAUGCUAUUUCACCCCUUUAUGUUUCAGUACACUCUAAUUUUUGAUGAACUCCCAUGAAUCACAGUUACUUUAAAAAUACCUACAUUCUCACUUUCUCUGUGAAUACAGAUGAGCUUGGCCUUCCCUCUGAGGUAUUGCCCUGUGUGGCAUUAUGAAAAAGCCUUGAAUCAGCUAACUAAGUUCGAGUCCUGGCUUUUUCAGUAAAUAAUGGUUGACCUUGAGAAAGUCUUUCUCUCUUUGGUACUUCAUUUCUCCAUAUGACCAGUGGUUAGCAAUCAGAUGUUCCUUAAAUAAUGUCAUGUAUGUGUGAGUGCUUUCUGAAUUGAAAAAUGUAGGUGUUAGUUAUUACUUGUCUGGCUCUCUGGUCACCUCCCAGGACAAACCUUCCUCCUUCUUUAGCUGUGCGUUUUCACCCCAGCUUCAUGUUAGAAUCACCUUGAGAGCCCACUCCAAGAUGUUCUGAUUUCUCUACUUCUGGGAGGAGCUUCCCAGGUGAUUUCAUUGGCCAGGCAGCAUUGAGAUGCUCUGGUCCACCUCAGUGAAGAGGGAGGGAGCCUUAGGAACAUUCGUCCCCCUUCCUUCUUCAAUGCUUGGUCCUGGUCUCCUCUGUAGGCUUCUCCAUGAGGCACUCACCAUGUUCCAAAGGCCCAAGCAUUUUUGCCGAUGAACCUGCCUUUUCUAAAGCUCUGGCCAAACCCUCAACUGGGACAUGGUCUUCCUGUUUGUUAGCACAGCAGGCCUUUCUUGAAUAGCUUGACUGGGAAACUCAGCCAACAGUAUUUUUUACAGAUGUUUCAUUCUUUUUAAUGAAAACCAGCUCCCUCUCUACCUUGGAACAUGGAGCCUGCUAGUCAUCUCCCUUGAUGUGCUGGCAGAACACCCAUGCUCUAUACACGGCCCAAGCACCACCUCGUCUGCCCACACUGCCACCACACGUGUCCACCUGCUCCUCCUCCCGACUUCCUGUCUCAGCCAGUGACGUCACCAUCUCCUGGGUCACCCAGACUGGAAGUGAGACCAUGGGGCAAUGGAAAGGAUGUAGAUUCUAGUUUAACCACCUGGGUUCAGAUCCUACUGACUGUUGAUGGAUGAUUUAGCCUUCUUGUGCCUCAGUUUCCUCUCCCAGGCAGGAUGGAUGCUAUUCAUUCUUAUGAUUUGUUAAGAUUAGAUGAGUCAAUGCCAAAAGAGCUCACACAGGGUAAGUGAGCAAAGAAUGUGAGGCUGCCUUAUUUGUAUCUUCUCCUUCCCCAAGGCCCACACUCCAAAAAGACUGUGGAACUGGCAGUUUGCACUCUGACAUGUUUCUUACCUGCUUCUUCCCUCUCCCAGUCUUUAAUUUGUUCCACCCAUACUUCUCCCAAGGUCUGCUUAUCUCCAGUCAUCCUCUUUAACCUCUUCCCCAUCAUGCCAUUUAUUUUUUCAUUAAAUUUAUUGGUACAUUUUAGGUGUACAAUACAGUUACAUUCAUCAUUGGGAUCUUGUACCUUUACAUGAUGUAUCUUGGUUCUUACUUUUUCCCCAUCCCCCUGCCCUCCCUUCACCCCCUCCUAAAUAGAGCUCUGGUCGCAUAACUUUAAUACUUAAAAUUGCCAGCGGCCUCUAGAAAAGAGGCUGAACUGCCUCAUGGCCCCUGCCCUGCUGUGGUUCCUGUUGGGAAGACUGCAGAUUCCUGGGUGGAGCCACAUCCUGUGGGAGUGCAGGGAGACAUCCCCAGCUGGCAGGCUCCGCGUCCUGGAGCGUGACUGGGUGUGUGUGUCCCUGACUGUGCAUCAUUUCAGGGUGGGGCUGUCUUGAACACAGCCAUUUGGUUUCUGUCACAUGAGCCCGAAACACAUGAGCAAAGACUCUUUGAAAACACAUUGUUCGUCAAUGAUUUUAAAAUACUUUUCCCUAAAACAUGAAGUAGCUUUUUCUAGUAAUUUUCAUGUACAUACUUGGGAAAUCUCCCCCAUCAUGGGAAAGCUACCCAGAAAUCGACAGCAAGAAUCUGGGGAGGAAAGGAUCGGAGAACAGGGGACAUCCACCUAUUCCCAGCCCCGGCAGAUUCACGUGAGUGCUUAUUCCUUCAUGAAAAAUCAUCCUGAGGGCUGCAGCUUUAGUGCUUUACCCUCAUGCCUCAGCCUUGGCCCUCUGGGGCAGGGGAUGGCAUGCCAGCUGUUCCUCUCUCUGGGACUUGGGGGGCACAUCUAGAGUGUGUAUAAAACCCACGGGGGAACUGAUUGCCUUCCCUUGGGCCAGCAUCUGGCUAAGCAGCUGUUUGGCCACCACUCUGAUUUGAAAUCAGCUGUAAGAUGAGCAGAAGAAACAAGGCACCCGUAUGCCCUAUGACCCUACACAGACAUUCAAUUAAAUUCCACCAACAUUCCUGAGUAAUACUACAGGUAAAGGAAGCAGUGGGUUGAAGUGCUUUGAUGAAAGAUACAUUCUGUGAUCCCUGUCCUUAUCUGUAACUGGAGAGUGCAUUAGGUUCAGAGGGCCUCCUCGACACCACGCCAAUAGUUACUCCUCCUUCGGAGAUCCGCAGGGGAAGGCCAAUUUGCGGUGGUUGUCGGGUACCCAGAGCCGGUUUCCUCCCACUAUUUCGUUACCUGAGCGCCCUCUAGUGUCCAAAAUGGAAUAUAGCCUAUGUAAAUGAUCACAGCCUGGCCGUGGUUGAAUUGAGCCUGCACGGGGAGUAAGACUUAGAUUAUUGUUUUUUGGGGUUUUUUGGUUUUGUUUUGUUUUGUUUUUGGUACCGGGGCUCGAACUCGGGUCCUUACACUUGCGCAGCAGGCGGCGAAACCACUGAGCUAAAUCCCCGGCCCUAUUUUUUUUUUUUUGGUACCGGGGAUCGAACUAAGAGUUUAAUUCCAUCCUUGCCACUUGCCAAACUAAGAGGGCUGUCCCACCCCUUUAUGCUUCAGUUCUCUCGCCUGUAAAAUGAAGACGCUCAUGCCUACAGCGUCAGUAUUCUUGGAAGCAUUAAAGUGUGUCAUAUAUGGAGAGCACACCAGCAUCCUAACACAAAAAAUUGAUCCCCCCCAAAAAUAUAUUAUCACCAAAACUCUCAGAUACAAACUCACUCGAAGUAAGAAGGAUGGAAAAGACUUAUGUAGGCACACGUCACUCUGUGUUAUGGUCAAUUGCUUAAGCUCCAUUUCCUUGCCUGGAUGGGAGCCAGGGGCACAGGACAGCAAAUCUCAAGACAUCUUGCAGGGUCUGGCCCGUGCCAGGAGCUCAGGAAAUAUUGGUUGAGUGUGUGUAGAAUAAAGAACUUAUUUUUAUUCAGCCUUAAACUAUUGUGCAGUGUAAUAAAGAUUUAAUGUUUCCAAUUAUCUGAGCAGACCAUCUGGCACUGCCGUAGAUUCCAAGGGCUCUAUAAUUCAACCUUGCCGGGGAUUUAGCUCAGUGGUUUCGCUGCCUGGUGCGCAAGCGCAAGGACCCGAGUUCGAUCCCCGGUACCCCCCCUCCCCAAAUCUAUAAUUCAACCUUGCUUGGCAACUUCCCUGUCUCCAGAAUGCUGUGGCCCUGGAAUUCACCUUGGAGUCUCUGUAGAUCCGGUCAUGAGUAUAAAAAAGUGUGAUAGAGUCUGGGAUGGGGACUCCUGAGCUCUGCGCCCCAGAGAACUCUGGGAAGGAGAGUGUGCUCAUGGGAUAGGGGUUGAGGGACCUUGGAUAAUGGGGUGGAAGCCAAGGGCCAGUAGAGGGCCUUCAGAAGUCAGGACCCAAAAGGCUCCCUAGGCUGCCUCUUUUUUUGUCUGCAAUAAGAGUGCUGGUCUCAUGCUGAAUAACCAGAAGGAUGCUCAGAGGGGCCAGUCCCAUUAACACAUUGCUGGAUGAAUUCCAUCACACAAUUGAGUCUCUGAUCCAUCAUCUGAAUAUGUCAGACUACAGUGAAGAACAGGCAGAGACUGUUAUGAACAUGAACAUUUUCUUUAUCCAAAAAUUAUUCUUCUAAUACCACAAACCCACAAUCAAGAAAAGAAUAUAAAUGAAACAGACAAGUAGAUUAGGCUUGCUUUUAAACACAAGAAAUAUCACAGGAGAAAUUUCAACUAUGCUAGUACUUUUUAAGGAGCUAAGCCUUGAGACAAAACCUUGUUGUUUUCUGGGUUGUACAAUCUCGUCACAAAAUAGAGAAGCUGGCUUUGAUAUUGAGAACUGAUUAGCAGCUGGUAGCUACAGAUUUAUGGGGUGCAACAUCUGCUCUUUGUUUAGUAUACCUUUAAAGCAAUUUUAGGAGAUGGAGUCCAUAAAAACACAAGUUGCUUGAAAUUAACAGCUUCAGAGGGAACUUAAGAGUAGGUCAACUGAAAGUGUCAGGCUUUGCAGCCUUUGCAGAUGAACAAAUAACCAGAUGGGGGUCAUGAGAUGACUGUGAAGAAGCCCAGGAGGGGACUGGGCCUCUAUAUCCUUCUCAAUCUUGCCAUCUAUAUAGGAGACAAGAGCUGGGACACCUAAGCGGGAAGUCAGGAUUCCUUUAAGACAAAAAGUGGGGCUGCACUGAGAUCUUGUUUAAAAUAGUAUCAAAAAUAAAAUAUCAAUUUCAACAGAUCACCUGUUUGAGAAAUCCUAUUAAAUGGAAGGUGCAGGUAAGUAAGUGAAUGAUUGUUCCAUGGCAGGGACUGAUCUAAUUGUGGAAAUAGAACAGUGAACAAGACUUAGAUACAUUCUGAGAGGAGGCGGGCAAUGCACACAUAAAAAUAAAGCGAAGUACUGAUGUAGAAAAUGUCAGUGGAAGGGCUGGGGAUUUAGCUCAGUGGUUCUGCCACCUGCCUCGCAAGUGCAAGGUCCUGAGUUCAAUCCCUGGUACAAAAAAAAAAAGAAAAAAGAAAGAAAAAAAGAAAGAAAAGAAAAUGACACUUGAAGAUUUAUUUUAAAAAUUUUAUAUUAUGAAAACAUUUUGGGCAAAUACAAAAGUGGAGAGUUUGGGUGAACUCAUUUAUUCCCCAGAUUCAAAGGUAUCAAUUUUUCCACUUCAUUUCAUUGGAUUUUUCCUUUUCUCCCCCUCCAUUUUUCUUCUCCCUCCUCCUCUCUUCCUUCUUUCCCCUCUUCUUCCUCCUCUCCUCCUCCUCUUUCUUCUCUAAAAUAUUUGAAAACAAAUCCCACACGUCAUUCAUUCACCCCUGAACAGUUUUAAUAAGGGCUAGUUUUAGAAAAGGUUUCAUUAAAUAAAUGUAUAAUUCAUAAAAUUAUAGUUCACUUUUAUUGCUGUGUAGUAUUCCAUUACAUGUCACACUUUGCCUAUCCACAUCAUAUACAAAAAUUAACUGAAAACAAAUCAUAGGCCUAAAUGAAAUGUGAAACUAUAAAACUCUUACAUUAAAAUAAUAAGAGAAAUCAUUAUGAUCUUGCAUUAUAAAAAAGAUCUUUAAAAGAAAAAUGAUAAACCAUAAUUCAUUCAGUUAAAAACUUUUGUUCUGUGAAAGACCAUUAAGAAAUGAAAAGUUAAGCCACAGACUUGGAGAAAGUAUUUAAAGAUCACAUAUCUGACAAAGGACUUGUACCCACAAUAUAUAAAGAAUCUUCAAUAUUCAGCAAUAAGAAAACAAUCUAAUUUUUUAAAUAGGCAAAAGAUUUGAGCCUGUACCUUACCAAAGAAGACAGACAAAUGGAAAUAACCCAAGGUAUAGCUGUUUAACAUAAGCCCUUAAGGAAAUGUAAAUUAAAAACCACACAUGCUACCACUGAAUAGUAGUUAGAAUGGCUAAGAUAAAAAGUGCUGACAAGGAUGCAAAGUAACAGGAACUCUCGAGCAGGGCUUGUAGGCAUAGAAAAUGGCAGUGGACUGGCACUCCGGAAAAGUCUAUUUUUUUUAAAGAAAGUUAAAUACAUACUUAAACCAUAAAUCAAAUCUGUAAGUAUUUAUGAUAAAGAAAUAAAAACUCACAUAAAAAACCCAUCCACAUACAUUUAUAGUGCCAUUAUUCAUGAUUGCCCCAAACGGAGAGAUAUAUAGAGGUUCUUCCACAAAUAAAUGGAUAGGCAAACUGGGGAACAUCCAUACGAUGGGAUAUUGCUCAGCAGUAAAGGGUGAGCUAUUGAUACACGCAACACUGAAAGUGGCCAGUCUCACAAGAUUACAUACUGCCCGAUUCCAUGUUUAUGUGGUGGGUGGGUAAAGGCAGAAUUAUAGGAACAGAGAACAGAGCAGUGAGUGCCCAGGAGUGGGGAAGGGACCGACUGCCAAAGAGCAGCAGAAGGGAAUUAUAUUGGAUGCUGGAAUUGUUUUGUAUCUUGUUUGUGGUGAUGAUGACAAGGAUUCAUGCAUGUGUGAAAUCUAAUAGAAAAAUACAACAAUAAAAAUGAAGUUUGCUAUGUGUGAAUUUUAAAAA